UAGCCAGCUCGGUAAUGUCAUUCCGUUUUCAAUUUGUUGCUCACUCACUUCGACUUAACAUAUUUACGUCUAACUUGUGUUUUUGUUAUUAUUUAGAGAGGGUUCUCCCUUUAGUUGCGUGUAUACUUUGCGAAAGCCUCCGUGCUUAGGACCAGGGCACCUUCACAUCUUCGUAUCAACCAGUCUGAUAACGCACAACUCGCGUUGAUGGUUUGUUAUCGCUAGCGCUGAAUAGUUUUGAUUGUUACCACUAUCGUUCAACUUGAUAGUUCAGCACACUUAAAGCCGGACAGUAUCAGUGCAUUCCAUCAAUAAGCAACAAUCUCUUCAGGAAGAAAGGGGCGUUUUCACUGAAUCUCUAAUAAAGUGUUGUGAACAGUUUACGGUCUAGCUAAUCCAGCCUCACUCCAGAAUGAUAACAAUCAGCUGGGAACGAAGGUGCUGAUAACCAACGAAAUAACUAGGUGUGAUAGUGCCACGACAAACGCAUCCCGCGAUGGACAGCUCUGGGAGUGGCUUGGUAGAGUGCAGUGCACAGCUGGAGAGCAAUCCCAGCCUGAACACUACGGAACGGAAUCGGCUAGAGCUGGAACGAAAGUACCGGUGGUUUAUUCUCGAGCCGGCGAUUUUGCUGCUGUUUUACGCAUGGAAUGUGUCGUCGGCGGUCUUCACCAACCAGGUGGUCUACCAAGCUUGCACGGUCACCUUCGGGUUCAACGAAACGCUGUGCGCCGAACUGGGCACGGAAAACGAAUCGGCCGCGGCCCAGGAGCUGGAAAAGGAAGUCCAACCGUACACGGCCAACGUGUUGAUGGCGAAAUCGUUGAUCGAGUCGAUCAUCCCGGCCCUGUGCAGCAUGUUCAUCGGACCGUGGUCGGACAAGUACGGUCGCAAGCCGGUGCUGCUGUCCACGUUUAUUGGGUCUUUCUUUACGUACUCGCUGGUGACGACCAUUUGCUUUCUGUCCGGCCGAUACCAGAUCGAUCCGUGGUACUACAUUUUGGCGUACAUUCCGGCGGCGCUCUCCGGGGGGAAUUGUGCGCUGAUUACGGGGGUGUUUUGCUACAUCACUGAUGUAACGAGCGAGCAGAACCGGGCCGUUAAAAUGGGCGUGCUGGAGGCCGCCAUCUUUGGAGGUCUUUUACUAGGGACUCUCAGCAGCAGUUACAUCCUUCGAUGGACCAACGCCACAACCGUAUUCGGAGUAGCCGCUACGGGAAUCCUCGUGGGCAUUCUGUACAUUAAGCUGUACAUCGAGGAAAGCAUACGACCCCACGAGCUGAUGGAUAGUUCAACGUCGCGACUUAGGGAAAUCUUCCGCUUCGAGCUGGUGGCCGACCUGUUCCACACGUGCUUCAAGCGAAGACCCAACUUUGACCGGGUCAUCAUUUGGUUGGUUAUUGCCGCGCUGGGCGCGAGUAUCUUCGCCUUGGAGGGCACCGGAACCGUCUACUUUCUGUUUCUUCGCGAGCGCUUCGCGUGGACCGUCAAGGAGUUUUCAUUUUACGACGCCACCGCGAUAACGUUAAUGAUCGUGGGCAAUCUGGUCGGUAUGUACGGAAUUAAGAAGCUGCUCGGGGUGUCCGAGAGCAUACUGGCCGCGAUCGGGUUCAGCUGUUACGCCAUCGAAAAUGGCAUCCGAGCGGUGGCGUACGAGCCGUGGCAUCUGUACCUUGCCAUUGCAAUCUCAAUGAUGAAGGGAAUCGCCGGCCCGAUGGGACGGGCCGUCAUCUCCAAGACGGUGCCGCCGAACGAUAUCGGCAAGAUCUUUUCGCUCACGACGUCGAUCGAGUCGUUGACGCCGCUGCUUUCGGCGCCGGUUUACACGUACGUGUACCGGGCGACCCUGCCCUGGUACCCCGGGGCGUUUAACAUCAUCAGUGCCACCGUGUUCUUCGGGUGUCUGUGCCUCAUGGUACUCGCCCGACUGUUCGAGGGAAUGCAACAAGCAACAACUUACACAUCGAUCAACUGAUAGCAGUACUGCAAAGUUUAACUUAUUGGAUGAUAUUACACGCGAACUUUACAUAGGUUAUAAAUAAUAUAUUAAUUAUUAUUAUAUAUUUUCUAGAUGCUUUACUCAUGUACACAACACCAAAACACUAAAAUAAAUUUGGCAGUCAAUUGUUACACUUUUUA